AUUUGUUUAAUUAUUUUGUUUCAGAUUGAAAAUGUUUCACGGCGGUAUUUGGGCGAAGCUCCGCCCGUUCUACAAGUGGUAUGUGCUGGGGCUGGUGUCCGUAGGCUACAUACUUGGAGAGCUCGGACAUUACCUUAUUGGAACCACAUCAAAAGUGACAGCAAACGACUUAUACUACGGCGACAAGGCGUGCAUGCUCAACACUACACACACUCACCUGACGUACGCGCAACUACCCGUCAUCUGCGAGAAAGUCAACUCCAGUGAAAUAUGCGAGUCCCUAACCCUGAACGGCACGAGGUACUGCGAAUGGGGCUACAACGGGCUGGGGAUAGACUACCAGGUGCUGGCGGGACCGGCGUUCAUGGCAGUCUUCACUGUGGUCGGCGUCAUCAUUGGAUUCAUCGCCGAUAAGUACAACCGCGCAAAAAUCCUCUCCUACUGCACUCUAGUCUUCGUCGUCGCCAUAAUCCUGAUGGGGGCCGUCAAGGAAUACUGGCACCUAGUAGUCCUCAGGAUGAUCAUGGCUGCCGGCGAAUCAGGAUGUAAUCCUCUAGCCACUGGCAUCCUGACUGAUAUGUUUCCGGAACACCAGAGGGCGCUGGUGCUGUCGAUCUUCAACUGGGGUAUCUAUGGGGGGUACGGUAUUGCUUUCCCUGUCGGGAGGUAUAUACCUGAGUUGAAUGCUUGGGGAUUGAGCUGGCGAGUAUGCUACUACGGCGCUGGCAUCGUCGGCAUCGUCCUCACGAUCCUCACCUUCAUGACUCUCCGUGAGCCGGAGCGCACCACCAUCGGGGAGGAGGGGGGGAAGGCGGAAAAUAUGGAGGCGGGGAAGAAACAGCCCCAGAUCACCAUAUGGCACGUUAUUACUCAGCCGAGGAUCAUAUUGCUGUGUAUUGCGGCUUCUAUCAGACAUUGCGGCGGUAUGUGCUUCGCAUACAACGCUGACUUGUACUACCGGGACUACUUCCCCGACGUGGACCUGGGCUGGUGGCUGUUCGCAGUCACCGUCGGCAUCGGUUCCGUGGGCGUUGUGGUUGGCGGCGUCGUGUCUGACAAAUUCGUGGCUAAACUGGGCGUCCGCUCACGUGUGCUCGUGCUGGCUCUAUCCCAGCUGAUUGCUACGUUACCCGCCUUCGGUUCGGUGGUCUUCGGCCCUCUGUGGGCCAUGAUCACCCUCGCUCUCUCUUACUUUUUUGCUGAGAUGUGGUUCGGGAUCGUCUUCGCGAUCCUCGUCGAGAUCGUGCCGCUCUCCGUCCGCUCCACCACCGUGGGCGUGUUCCUGUUCGUCAUGAACAACGUGGGGGGGAACCUUCCCAUCCUGGUGGACCCUGUCGCCAAGGCUAUUGGCUACAGAGAGGCUAUUAUGAUCUUCUACGCCGGGUUCUACGGAAUCAGCUGCAUCCUCUUCUUUCUGACUAUGUUCUUCAUGGACGGCCCAGUGAAGGCCCCGGAGCCCGCACAGCUCAGCCCGACAGCCAAACCCAUAGGAUUAGACAACAGAGCGUACAGCCACGACGAAUUACCCGCGCGUAACGGAACGCGCCACGCACACGAUUCUAGUAAAUUGUAGUUUAUCUGUGGUAACUCGAUGGUCAUGCUGUGGAUACGAUAAAGGACCUUGUAGUUUGUCUGUGGUCUCGAUGGUUAUCUAUGCCUCAAGUGUAUGCGGGAAAGAACCUUGUAUGCAUGAACUUAAGGUUCGAUUUUGUUGUAAAGGUAAUAUCAACUCAGAAGUAGCGAUUUUUAUAGGACUUGGCUAUGCCUGAAAUGGAUCGUACUAGGAAGUGCCUUAUGUGCCUGUACUUAAGAUAUAAUUUUGUCUGCUGUGUUACUUUAAGGUUGAUAUCAGUUUAGAAGAUGCUUUUGAGAGGCUGAUGAAUGAUGAUCCAAUUUGUUUACUAGUUUGGUUAAGUGGAAUCACAGUCGAAUACACGGAGAAUGUAUUUUGAAUCUCGUCAAUAUAACGAAUGUGUCAUGUAGUGACAACGAUAGCAUAAGAGAUGACUAGAAUCUCAAGAAUGUGUCAUUUUUCUCUUUCUACUACAUAAAUGCAUCCAAUAAUUGCCAACGUUUUAAAUAUAGUCUGGUAAACCAAUUUGUCAGUAACAAAAAGGCAUGAAAUUGGCUACUUUCCUACUAGUCAAAUCAGCUUCUUUUUUAGAACUGUCAAAACUAUUUGCUAAUAUGGAAUUUAUAUGAAAAUGAGUGAGUAAUGAGAGUGACGUCACGGUCAAUUCACUUACUUUUUAUAUUUCAAUCCGAUUCAUAAAAUAUAAAUUGUAUUUAAAAUAACUGUUAUCUAUGUUUUUCUAUUAAUUAUCUGGUGCUUUAUUUCGCGCAGUGGGAAAUAAUUUAUUGUACCUAGAGGAAACAUCUCAAUUCGAUUUUUUAUGAGAAAUCUACCGUUCGGUUCGGAGUAAUUUUUUUUCCUUUUCUCCUGACAUAAUUGGUUUUGCCAACCCUUACUUAAUUUACAUAGAAACAAUGAUUCCUCAGAUUUAUGUCUAGAGUAUGUGACAUGUGAAGUUUGUUAGUGUUACCAAGCUCUUGCCUAAAACAAUACGCCAUAGAUGUAGUUGUUGAUGUUGAAGAAUGAAUACUGUCAUUAGGUUAUGAUACUAAAGUUGUUUUUCGUUUGACAAGCGCCAUGAUUACAGUCCGACAAGAUAGUGUAGAAAUUAACGUGGCAAUAUUGUUGAGUCGUUUCGUUUUCUUACAUCUCGGAGUAAUUAACAAUCUUAGAUCGAUUUGAAAGGGAUGACACUACAGUAUUGCCACUUUUUAAUUUCUACUAUUUCUUGUCGGACUGUACUUUGGAACUCUAUUUAAAUAUAAGUAAUCAUGGUGUAAGCCCCAAUAGGGCCCGAAUUUAUAAAGCUCCAAGUUAGAAUUUUUCUCUAAAUUGCCAACAUUGAUGCCAUUCACUUUCGAAUAGUUUAACCGAUUCGUUGAAUGUUCCAUUUUCGAAAACUUUUGGCUGUGGCGCGGAACAAUAAUUUCAUGACACGGCAGCCGUGCCAUGCGCCAUAGAAUAUGAUGACACUCCUGCCGUAUCAUACGCCACACGUAAAAAACAUUGAUGACACGGCAGGCGUGUCAUCAGCCCCGAAUCAGCUAAAUGAUUGAAAAAUUGUAAUUUGUAACGAAAUAUAAUUUGGCCUAAACAUGACAGUAACAUAAUCGUAAUUUAUUUUACAAAAAAAAAGGAAAAAUUACUCAGAACAUAAGUUAAUGUAAUGUAAAAAAAGAAGCAGUUACUAUUGUGAUACUGACUUUUGUACAUAUUUAUUUUGUUAAUUACUAAGUAUUAUUGUAAAUAGAAAUAAAAAAGUAAAUCUA